GAGCACUUCCGCCGUGAUCCGGAAGCGCUGGGGUAACAGAACGGUGCCGGCGAGGGAAGAUUUCUGGAGGGUCUGAGUGGGGUGGCGGCGAUGCUCACGCCGGCGUUCGACCUCAGCCAGGACCCUGACUUCCUGACCGUCGCCAUCCGCGUGCCCCACGCUCGGGUCUCCGAGUUCGACGUCUACUUCCAGGGCGUCGACUUCAAGUUCUACGCCAAGCCGUAUUUCCUCAGAUUAACUCUUCCUGGGAGAAUUGUAGAAAAUGGAAGUGAAAAAGGGUCCUAUGAUGCAGAUAAAGGAAUUUUUACCAUUCAGUUGCCCAAAGAAACUCCUGGUCAGCAUUUUGAGGGGCUGAACAUGUUAACUACGCUUCUGGCACCAAGAAAAUCCAGGACUGCAAAACCACUUGUGGAGGAAAUAGGUGCUUCUGGGGUUUCUGAGGAGGGAGUAGAAGAUGAUGAUGAAGACUUUGAUUGGGAAAUUGAACAGUCCCCCUAUGAAGAGGUGUCAGAAAGUGCUCUGCACCCGCAGAGCCACUAUGGAUUUGGAGGCCUGCGAUCAGGAGUAUUUCAGCGGUUACAGGAUGAAUUCAGUGACGUCAUUGAUAUUAAGGAUCCAGAUUUUACUCCUGCAGCUGAACGCAGGCAGAAACGCCUGGCUGCUGAGGUGGCCAAAUUUGAUCCUGAUCAUUAUCUAGCCGACUUAUUUGAAGAUGAGGCAGUUGAACAGGUUUUACAGUAUAAUCCUUGGUGGACUGAUACGUAUUCAGAGAUUGGCCUUUAUUUUGGGUAUUUCAGAUCCCCAAGCUGGAACUCUCCUCACACGACUGCAGUCCACUCUGUCCUCUCUUGUGCUGGAGCCCAAGUAUCUUUCUCUGAAGAAGAGAAGUGUCAGCUGCGGAAAUUUGUCCAUAAGUCUUACCUGCUGGACAAAAGAGCCCAACGUCAAGUGUACUAUAGUCUGAUUGAUAUCCUUCUGGCCUAUUGCUAUGAGACUCGUGUCAAUGAAGGAGAGAAGAACGUUGAAUCUGCGUGGAAUAUCAGAAAACUGAGUCCAACACUGUGCUGGUUUGAGACUUGGACUAAUGUUCAUGAAGUCCUGGUGUCUUUUGGAAGAAGAGUUUUGUGCUACCCCCUUUACCGCCAUUUCAAGCUGGUGACGAAAGCCUGCAGAGACACUAUAAAGAUAUUGCAACUAGGUAAAAGUGCAGUUUUAAAGUGUCUCCUGGAUAUUCACAAAAUUUUUCAGCAAAGCGACCAAGCUUACAUUCUAAACGAUCUCUAUAUCUCAGACUACUGUGUGUGGAUUCAGAAAGCCAAGUCCACAAAGUUGGCAGCUCUUGCAGAAGCCUUGAAGGAAGCCCCUCUGACAAAGGCCCAGCUGGGGUUGGAAGUGAAUGAACUGGAGGCAGCUGCUCUGCUCGUCUGUGAGGAAGAAGCAGCCCGCCCCGCCUCCAGGCCAACACCACCCUCCAGUUCUGAGGCCAGUGGCUCCGAGGACUCCGACAGCAGCACCUCCUCAGCCGGGACCGCAGACCCAGACUCAGAGCCAGAAGGGCUCGCAGGCAGGGGAGCCAGGAGAGGACGGUCCUUGCAAGGCCCCGUUCUUGAUGAAAGCCGCGCCCUGCGUGUUGAUGGCCGUGGGCUGUGCGGACGCUUGGCUGUCCCAAGGGCUGAUGCCUGUCGGGGAGAGCUACUGGCCUCAGCGCGGGCCCCUGGGGGAGCCAGGCCUCUGAUAGAGGAGCUUGGAGAGCAACUGGAGACGGUGGUGCAGCUCUCAGAGCCCGAGGGUCCCGCUCCGGGGCCCCGCAGGGCACAGGCAGACGGCACCCUCCCGGGGACGGGCAGUGAGGGUUCCAUUUGUGGGUGAGAAUGAUGUCAGGUGUGGUUUUAGUUACUGACUGAGAAUUCUUCAUUUUUACUUGUACUUUUUCUUAAAGUAUACAACAUAGUUUUUUAAUUAGCAAUGUUGAUAACUUUUAGUUUCCUUCCUGCUACUUUAAAAAUAAAGUUCUGAAGUACUUUUACCAAAGUAUAAUUAGUAUCUGAAGAUGGAAAACAAUAGUUCUGCCAGAAUCCCUUGAAUGUGGAGCCAUUAAUAUCUUCAAAAGCUUUACCAAGAUAUACUGGACAUGCAAUAAGCUGCACACACUUCAAGAGUACGAUGCAAUCGGCAUUGACACAUGCACCAAAUCAGUCAUCUUUGUGAUUAAGAGACUGUACUUACCUCAGCUCCAAGUGUCCUCAUGGUGCCCUGGCGCCCACCCCACCAAUCUCCCAAUAAAGCUGUUAUGAGUAUUUCUGUGCAA